CAUGGAUACAACCAGCAGGAACAGGCGCUCAGGAGACACACUCACUAUGCUGGAGAGUGUUUGGAGCCGAGAUGGGAGUUAGCACAUCCAAGUUUGUAGAGGUCCUGUUACCAGCGUUGUUGCACUAAUCAAAGACAUUAGGUUUCUUUUUUUUCAAUAGCCUCUUUCUGUGUGUCUGAGGGGGCUUGUCUGCGUUUUUAUCCGAGGCGUUUCUCUCACAGGAUGUUGAUGAUAUUGGGAAGCCGGGUAAGAUCAUAAAGUCAGUUCUCUCUGAUGAGAACCACCUCCUCCUCUCCUCGCACACAAAGGGAAACACGGAACAACUACUUUUUCCUCACACGCCAUCAUUUGAUUUUGAUUUUUUAUUUUUUGAAUGUCAUUAAGGAGCAGAGGGGGCUGUUUCAAAGACAAAAUGGAUCACUUUGCAGCAGAGUGCCUUGUUUCAAUGUCCAGUCGUGCAAUUGUCCACGCGCCUAAAGGGAAUAGGGAGAUUAAACCAGAAACCCCGUCCUCCUCCAAGAACGGAGAGGAAAUCAAAGAGCCUUUGGUGAAAGAUAACUCGUCUCUUUUCGUGGUGGCGCGGAUUCUGGCGGAUUUUAACCAACAGACUCCCAACAAUGUUGCCGAGCAGGCAAAAAUAAAGGAUGAGAGCAUGCCGGACCUCAUAGAUGAUGGAAACUCCGCCACACCUACCACAAUCUCCGAUCCUUCGCUCAAACAAAGAGGCAAAAGAACGCGAGGUCGAACUGAGCAGGAAUCACCUCAGAAAAAGCACAAAUGCCACUAUUCAGGUUGUGAAAAAGUUUAUGGAAAAUCAUCCCACCUCAAAGCCCACCUAAGGACACAUACAGGAGAACGGCCUUUCCCAUGUACCUGGCCCGACUGCAGUAAGAAGUUUGCCCGCUCCGACGAGCUGGCCCGCCACUACCGCACCCACACGGGAGAGAAGAAGUUUGGAUGCCCGCUCUGUGACAAGCGCUUCAUGCGGAGCGACCACCUGAUGAAGCAUGCUCGGCGCCACUCAGAUUUCCAGCCAGGCAUGCUGAAGAGGCCCCACGGCAGCAGUGGUGGCAGCAUCACACGUCCCAGCUCCCUCAGCGACUACAGCCGCUCGGACGCCUCCAGCCCCACCCUCAGCCCCGCCAACUCGCCUUAAACUGAAACCCAGUCGCACUUUCUGCCUCUGACCUGGGAGGCCUGUGUUUUUGUCAUAACACUUGUGUUGCACAGUUGUCAGCAGCCCCCCUCCCUUUGCUCUGCCUGCGCUUGCUGUGGUGUACCAUACUGUACAUAACUGCUUAUUGUAGUGCAAUUACUUGUGCGAUCCUAAAAGAAGGUAAUGCCUUUCCCAGAUGGCAAUAUUUACAUUCUGUACCAUAUGUCUGUAUUUUUUUAGCUUCUGAUCAUGGCUAGUUGUCCAAUGUAUGUUUGCAGUCCGCUAAACAAGGUUUAGAAGAAAAAAAACAGACAUCCUGACAAGUCUUUAAAAAUGGCUUUUUUUCUUUUCUUUUUUUUUUCUUCUUGUUUGAACGGGUGAGGAGAAGGGGUACACACACACACACCUCAGGAUUGAAGACAGUUGCUAUUUCUGUAAUACCACAGUACUUUAACAGUACUCACAUUGACUGCACAAUAUACUCAUCACUUUACUUGGAAAUUCAACAGGGGUUGAAUUUUACACCCUUCUCAGGGAUGGCCUUGUUAGCUUGAAGAAGAAUGAACACGGAGAAGAGAAACAUAAAGUACAUAUAUAGCAGCCUUACACUCAACACAAUUUGCACUCUUUGUUUUUUUGUUGGUUUUCACGUUUAAGGAAAGUCGCCCAUACAGUCAAUCAUACCCAGAAUGCAUGUUUUAUGUUCUACUUUGUGUUGUUUGGGUUCAUGUGUAAAAUAAUUGCUGUUUAAGAAGCAGAUCCCCAAAACGUGCACCUUUUAGUAGGCAAAAUACAUCUGUUUCCUCACUGCAACCUGAAUGUUGAGUUGCAGUAACACUGGGUUAAAUAUGUGUUUCAUUAAACAGUGGUGCACAGUGUAUUCUGUGCAAAUCUACUUUGUGGGAGGAUUGGGAUUAUACUGGGAUAACAGUUUUUAAAUUACACUCAGUAGAAGAAUCUUUAGACCCUUUAAAGAGACAGUUAAGUUUCAAAGCAGCUUUUCAUGCUUUUUUUUUUUUUUUUGAAAAAGCACUGAAUCAUCAACCAGUAUUUCACUCAAAAUACACAAAGGGACUGUAGCUGAGACAACAUUUAUCCAUCUCUGAAGCACAUAGGAAAAAGUACCAAAGACAGAUGUGAAUGAAAGCUUUCUAUUCAGUCUCAUAAGCCGCCCUUUACAGAGGCCUGAGGCUGGUGGGUGGCAGUAUCACAGGUAGAGCCAGACAGCUGGCUGACUUCCCUUCCUACUGUCUUUAGUGGUCUUCCUUGAGGAAACAGCUGCAUCCCACAAGAAGCCAUUCACAGUCUGCAAAAGGAGUGCGAACAUGCCAUUCUCGGGGGAGUCCUCCCUCCCCCCACAGGUUCUACCUGUCCUGUCAAAGAUCAGCAGAGCUCAGAGCCAGCCAAAUUGAAUAAGGUUGCCUAACUUUGGGGUCAAAUUUAGGCCAGAAUGUUGGGCAGAGCUGUGCUGUAGAACAGUGCGAACAAAGAGUCUAUCUGUGACAGACAGGCAAGAGAGGGCAGGUCCCGAUAAAAGAGGAGAGGUUUAUCACGAGCCAAGCAGCACAGAGGAGGAGACACCCGGGCGCAGACACCCUCAUCUCCUCCUUUUUUCUCGCUCCAACAGAAGUGAACUGUGAGCAGAAAAAUGGCUGUAAUUAGCAGGUUGCUCCUACCUGUAGGGACAAAACAAGUGUGUAAUCAACAAUACUACCUAGAUAAGGCUAGCAGUGUGGGUGGGAUUUACCCAACUCCAUCCUAAGCACAGGGAAAAAUCAGUCUCGACUGCUGCUUGAGAGUCACAUUUCACAAUGCCAAGGAAAAUGUAGCUUCAAAAUCAAAUGGAUAUGCUUUCAAACAGCUGCUUUCAAACUUCUCUCUCGCAACAAGGGGGGCUUUUUAAACUGUUGUAAAAACAUGUGAACCAAAACCAACAUAUCAGCAAAGUGCAGUUCUCACCAGCUUCAUGUCAUCCUGCCUGUGAAGCUCAGAUGUCCCCGUGAGAAAGCUCACUUGUGUUUUCUAGUCACACAUGCCUCAAUAAGUCAGGCAAAAGGCACAGUAAACCUUUCAUGCAAACAGGCACCGCUAUCAAAACUGCUGCAGCCCCAACCGGUCUGGGUUAUGCCUACAUUUAAACGUACAUUUUUCUCAGAAUGCUUUAGCACUAUGGCCGGAAAUAGCUUCAUGGACCCCUCCAAACUGUUGUCAUCAUGCUAGCUUCAUAAUACCAACCACCUCGACCCACUCUUGCCCCUGCAGUCCCGUGCUUCACACUACAUGCAUGAUAACAACUUCUCCUUGGAAGCGUUGAGGCUGUUUGAGACGGUCUGGCAGGUGUAAAGUCAUGAAUGGCCGGCCUUGUCCCUCCUUCUCCGCAGCGGCCAUCUCUCUUGAAAGCUGUGAAGAAUCAGCUCUGUCACAAACAUCCUCCAAAAAGAACACAUCCCUUAUGUAGAUCCCAUGCAGUAGUCUCCUCAAAGCACCACAAGACGUUCAAAUAGUUUCCAGGCUGCAGGAUGACACUUUAAAUGCCGUCGAUCUGCAGCGCUUAGUGAAGGAAGCAGUGAGAGGGUUUUUACAUUUACCGUGUUCGAAUGAAAAAAAAAAACUUCCUCAGAUUGUUGUUGAGCAGCUCUUUGUGGUGUUGUCCAUCACUUUUUUUUUGUCAGUCAAUUUUGGACUAUGUUUGAAACUUUCUUAUAAGCUCAUUAAGCGGGUUUCAUUAAUAACUUCUUAAUCCAUAAUCUGCACAUUUACCUCAGGGUCAAUAUCCGCAAAGCAGAUACGGGACAGUUUGUGGACAUUGAUGUAACAGCAGUUCCUGCACAGACAUGUCUGCCAGCCCCCUCUUCCCUCCCCCCCGCCCCCAUGGUGUUCCUGGGUGCUUAGUGUUCACUGCUGGUCAGUGUCCCACCACACUGGAAACACAGGAACGCCUCCCCUGAAAGGGUCUUGCUCUGGUCUAUAAUGUCUUCUGCUAUAAGCACUGGGCAGUGUGGAGCUUUUGUCAGUGUAAAGCCUCUUUAAACACUUAAACCGUGAGUGACGGUACAAUUACAGUAGGCGAAUGGAAACUCCUAUACCAUCUGAAAACAAACACACUGUGACCGUGUGUAAACAGCAGGCCAAAAUAUCAAUCCCCUGACUGCAGCAGUGACAUAAAGGACUCCACAGGCAGAGUGUCCCAUAACUUUUACUCUCACUGUACCAAAUCUACUUGAAGAAUUCAACACAAAAGGCCAUUGAACACAGUUUUGUACAUGUCCAUUUUUACUGUACUUGCUUUUAUUAUCAAUUGAUUAUGAGCCUUUAUGGAGAAAGGUUUUUUUUCAUUGAUUUUCCAUUGUCUUCAGGUCAUUUCAGGAACUCUUUGGAAGUUAUCACAGCAUUAUGGUUGACUGUUCUUGUUGGGCUGUGUAAAGGCGCCGUAUUUAAAAAAAAAAAAAAAAAAAAGCCCCAUUGAUGGGCUUGACCCCUUUAAUCAGAAACAUUUAAAACUGUUGAUGUCAGGAUGCAGGCUAUUCCAGUUAGCCUGUUAUCCAAAAACAAUAAAACAUUCUCCAAGUCAGAAAGAGGAAGGAUUGUUUUGGGGGGGGGGAGAGAGAUGAUAAGAUUAAAAAGAAAACCUCUGACCUCUUUGUACAACUUUUUCAGAUGGUUUGACUUGUUUUUCUUUAUUAUUUAGAUUCUUUUGAAAGUUUUCCAUAAAAAUAGAGACCACAGCAUUGUGAAUUAGCAAUGUAGUCAUGAUUUUAAAUGUUGCUUUUUUUUUUUGUCUAAUAUGAAAUGUUUGUAUAAUUUUUCAAAAAUCAUACCUCUGGAAAUAUUUUUCUUUUGUUGUACCUUCAUAUCUUUUCACAACAUCCAUCAUGUAGCUUAUGUUUGCUUGAUGAGUAGCACAAAUUGGUGGUUUUUAUUUGUCCCUACUUGAAGAAAUACUUUUUUUUCUGUAAAAAAAGAAAGAAAAUACAAACAAAGAAAAAAAAACACUGGGCUACAUUUUAUAUAAUCAUCCCGUGUUGUCAGGGUCUCUUCCACAUCCUUGUAAAUUCAAACAGUAAUCUUUCCAGGAAAUAUUACAACCCUAUUUUGUAUUAUUUUAUGUUACAAGAAUAUUUAAACCAUCCUUACUGAGCUCCACACACGUUGUCUUAGUUUAAACCUUUUCUAUGUGUGGAACGAUGUCUGCUGUAAAUUACUACAAAACUCCACGUCAGCAUUUUUUAAAUCCAAUUUAAUGACCAUGAUCUCAGAGAGAUGACAGAUUUCAACAUCUGUUUGAGAAAAAAAGACUUUAAACAAUGACAAAAUGGAAAUGCAAGGUUUGUACAAAAUGCUAACAGUUACUGUCUUUUUUCUGCUAAUUGUAAAAAUACUUUUAAGUGAACUGAUUGUUGCCUAGUGUGUAAAGAACUAACAGAAGUCCUAUUUAAAAAAAGAAAAAAAAAGUUCAUAUUAAUAACAUGAAUAUAUCACUGAUCCGACCGUCUCAACUGAAAUCCAAUGACUGAUCUCAUUGUACAAGCAUGACAGAUGGAACUAUGUGCCAAAACUAUAAUGGAAACUUGGUUAAAAAAACACCUGCUAUCAGACAUUUAAACAACUUGUACAGUUUUAUAAAGUGUGACAACUUUUUUAUGUAAUGUACAGUAAUAUUUCUCUUUUGCUUUUAUGUAAACUUUUUGAUUGUGUAGUUCUGUUUUCAUUUGGUUCUUGUUAUUUAAUUUCUUUUCUUCCUUUCUUUUCGCUGUACAAUACUCAAGUAAUGUAUGAUGGCUUAGUACAGGUAUUUUUUGACAUCUUAAUGAUAAAAAAAAAAAAAAAGCCCGACCAUUCCAAAGGAUUGAAAACUGAAUUUGCUAUAAUUGUGCUGCUUACAUCAACCUGAUGCAUUUUUGUAGGUUAUGAAUAGAAGUCUGUCUUGACUGUGCAUUUUUUUUUUUAUACGUUGUGUGAGUUGUGCACAAGGUACGUUUCUCAUUGUCAACAUUUCCUAGGUUUGAUCUAUCCUGUCUUUUCAGGCUCUUUGUGGAGGCUAAGCCAAUUCAGAUGAACAACUUACAAACAUGCAAUAUUUAAUCAUAUAAUAUAAACAAUUAAAAAGUCAAGGGCAUUCAGAGCAUGUUUUGAAGGCCUGCGGCUUUUGAAGGCUUGUAUAGUGUUCGAGAAGAAGCCAUGAUAGGAGAGGUUGAUUGAGAAGGAGCUUUGAGUUUUUUCGCAGCUCAUCCGACGCUCCACAGUGACAAGAUGUUACCAAAGGCUUUGAAGGGAAAGAUGAAUGUUGCAGUAAAUCUUGAACUUGGUCAAGUGGGGGGUUCAAAUUUUUACGCGCUGUAAGUGCUGAUCGAUGGAUGUUGUGCUUGAAAUGGACCUUUUUCUACAUCUCAAUAAGCGACUUUUGUUAUUUUGUAUAAGAUAACUUGAAUGAACAAAACCGUCAUUAAUCAAACGAGCAAACGAGUAUCUUAAAGAGUAAAAAAAGACAAGAAACAUAAGAGACUGAGUAAAUAAGCAGCAUAGCAGACUAUAUCUGUCUGUACCCUUAACUGACCGACUGAACUGUCACUGUGCUGCUCUUUACUGUAGCGAUGCACAAUGACAAAAGGUUUCUUGCUCCGGCAUUGGAUUCUUUUUGCCCUUCAAGGAUUUGUUUGUUUCGGUUAAAUGAAUGACCUCCCUUUGAUGACAGAGAGCCUCUCACCAGCUUCUUGUUUUGGUUUCCUGUACCUGUUUUGUCCUCUAUGUACCUCCUCAGUGUGAUGUUGCUCUCUUGAUACCUCUGUGCGUUUCUCCUCUGCCCAUCACCAUCAGUUGCCUGUUGUAGUGACUCCAUGGUGCUGCCCCCCCUCACAGCACCAAUAUAAUCUAAUCUGUAAAUAACUCUUGACUCAGCUCUGGCCAGUACAUCCAAUGACCUCACUCUAACCUUCAGGUGUCAUUUUCUUUUCUCCCUCAGCAAACCAAAAUCACUACAUUCAAGUAUUACAGUUGUACAGUUCCUCGGACUCUACAUGCAUUCAAUGUGCUGGUCUUAGCCGCUCUGCUGUACCUUUUUAUGGCAUUAUUUUUUACAUGUUAGACGAUAUAUUGUGACUAUGUCCUAUGCAAAUAUGAAAAAUAACAGAUUGUUGAAUAAUGUAUGUUGUCAUAACUUGUAUGCAUGAAAUAGUGAAGUUUACAUUUGGAAAUAAAUUCAUAAAAUAAGCAGCUA